GUUUAUAAACAACCCCCCCCCCUCUCUCUCUUCCUAUCUGUCUCUCUCGUUACCUGGAUAUCACUGAUGUAUGAGUCUGGAUUCAGCUCGCGUCUCAGUGUCAUGCGCGUUCAUGUCGCGGUGUGCUGAAUCCAUAUUUCCGUCUCGCGUGGAUAGCAUUUUUAUUUUUUAUAAGCAGUGCUGUUGAAAGCAAUGUUACUGGAAACGAGCAGUCCAACAGUGAUUUUUACGCCGUAAAGGCGCAGUGUGGUGUUGAUGCGCAUUUUUACGCGGACAGAAUGUUGCCUCGCUGAAGACACAUGGAUGUUUUUCUCGUCCUUAUCUCCAUCAUGUCUCCAGCAGCUCCAGUCACAGACGACAGUGCUUCAGUCCUCCAGACGGACACUCCACGGGAUGUGCGACCCGUGCAGUCGUCCCUCAGCAAAUCGUUGUGUCACGAAGCUCACUGGAAAUGUCUUCUCCUCUCACUCCUAAUGUACUGCUGCGUGAUCGCAAUGACCUGGUGCCAAGUCACAAAGGUGACGCGCGUGACCUUCGACAGUGCCUUUCAGACAAAGUCCAUGACGUACCACGACAGUCCCUGUUCCAACGGCUACAUCUACAUCCCCGUGGCCUUUCUCGUCAUGCUCUACGUGGUCUACCUCGUGGAGUGUUGGCACUGUUACUCGCGCAACAAACUUCAAUGUAAAGUGGACCUGGAGAGUGCCUCUGAGCGCGUGCAGCGCAUGCAGCGAGCCACGCCUUGUAUCUGGUGGAAGGCCAUUAAUUACCAUUACGUACGGCGGACGCGCCAAGUGACGCGGUAUCGCAACGGCGACGCCUACACGACCACUCAGGUGUACCACGAGCGCGUCAACACGCGCGUGGCCGAGGCCGAGUUCGAUUACGGGAACUGCGGGGUGAAGGACAUUUCCAAGCAACUGACGGGUUUAGAGAGCUUUCCGGUGACAAAGCUACGCUUCACCAAGUGCUUCAGCUUCGCCAACGUGGAGUCAGAAAACUCGUACUUGACUCAGCGGGCCAGGUUCUUCACGGAGAACGAGGGCCUGGAUGAUUAUAUGGAGGCACGAGAAGGGAUGCACCUCAAGAACGUCGAAUUCAAAGAACACAUCCUCACCUUCUCAGAUCCAGACCGCUUGCCCUGGUACGCGUCACAGGGCAUGUUCUGGAUGGCUGCGGCGCUGACGUUAUCGUGGCCGCUGCGUGUGCUGUCGGAGUAUCGCACGGCACACCUUCACUAUCACGUGGAGAAACUCUUCGGCUUUGACUAUGUAGCCGUCACACCCUCGGACGAGAGACCGUAUUGCGAUCACAUCCCAAGGGUCAACACUAUCGACAGUACAGAACUGGAGUGGCACAUACGCUCCAACCAACAGUUAGUGCCCAGUUAUUCAGAGGCCGUGCUGAUGGACCUGGCGCAGCAGUCCACCCACAACACCUUCUCACCGCGUGGAAUCGGUGCGGCGGGUGGAAGCGGCUUUGGCGGCUACCGCCAGAACUGCGAGCGUUGUCAUCGGUCCAUCAGCAGCUCCUCGAUCUUCUCCCGCAGUGCGUUGAGCAUUUGCAACACUAACAAUCAGCGUUUACCCUUCAGCGGCAGUCGCUUCUCACUGAGCCGUCUGUAUGGCUCUCGACGCAGCUGCCUUUGGCGAAGUCGCAGUAGUAGUCUGAACGAUCCCAGCUGUCCGACCGAAAGCACGCGAUGCCUGGCAGGACACUCCACCGCCGAAGAAAGCGCACCUUCUCCUCCGGCCUACCAGGAUGCUCUUUACUUCCCUGUGCUGAUCGUCCACCGCAAUGAGGGCUGUCGUGACCAUCAGACGUUUCACCAUAACAGCUCAUGUGUGGAGACUUCAUUAUAAUGACCGCUGCUUGUGUGAAAACACAUCACUUGCCAACAGCAGAAACAAUAGACGUGUUGUGCAGCUUUGUUACAAUAAUGAGAGUAGCAGAUUUGUAUGGAAAAAGUUUCAGAGGAUUUGCCUGGAAAAGGAAUCUCGACUCUUCCUUUAAAAUGUACAAAAGCAACAUUUGUCCUUUAAACGCAAAAAAAAUGGCACAGUUUUUCAGUACACAUGCAGUUAGCAACUAUACUCAGCAACUAUUGCAUCCCUAAAAACUUGGACUUCACGUUCUAAUGAAAGAUUUACAGAUACUGUAAUUGUUCCCAUAGCAUCUUGUGAUUCAAUCAGAAAACACUAUAACAAGUCAACACACUGACAAACAACACAACAAUAAAUUACAAACCAUUACUGUUAAAGGUGCAGUGUGUAAAUUUUAGCUGCAUCUAGUGGUGAGGUUGCAAAUUGCAACCAACAGCUCAGUUCACAGCUAACCCAUCGCUUUUAAAAAGCAUAGAGAAGCUACGGUAGCUGACACAGGACAAACAUGUCAUUGUUAGAGACAACUUAAUAAAAAAGUUUGUCUGUUAAGAGCUUUUGUAGAAACAUGGUGGCACAAAAUGGCGUCUUCCAUGUAAGGGGACCCUCAGUGUAUGUAGAUGAAAACGUCUAAUUCUAAGGUAAUAAAAACAUAAAGGUUCAUUAUGAAAGGUCUUUAUACACCCCUGAUAAUAUAGUUUUGUAUAUUAUUUUGCAUUUCUGUCAAGAAAUCCUUCUAAAAAUUACACACUGCACCUUUAACCUAAAAGCACAUGCUGUAUCCUAGAUAUAAAAAUAUAUAUUAACUGAUAUUUUACAUUUAUAAUGUGACCCUGGACCACAAAACCAGUCAUAAAAAACAUUGAGAUUUAUACAUCCUCAGAAAGCUGAAUAAAUAAGUGUUUCCAUUUGGUACAACUAUUUGAAAAUCUGGAAUCUGAGGGCAAAAAAAAGAAAAUAUUGAGAUAAUCGCCUUUAAAGGUGUCCAAAUGAAGUCUUUAGCAACACAUAUUACUAAUGAUAAAUACAUUUAUAUAUAUUUAUGGUACAAAAUUUACACAAUAUCUUCAAGGAACAUGAUUUUUGGCAUUAAAACUAAUUAUAAUUUUGAGCCAUAUAAUGUAUUGUUGGCUAUACCCGUGCUACUUAUGAUGACUGGUUUUGUGGUCCAGGAUCACACAUUUUAGUGAUUGACACAUAAGGUGAACAUGAAGUUCCUUAUUAAACAUCAAGAUCAUAUAGGUUAAAAAGUAUUUGAAUUAAAGAGAAACUACAUCCUUUAUGUAUCUGGUGAUUUUCAAUCACUUUAUCUUUAUAGACGUUCACUUCAAAAGGCCUGCUAUAUGUGACAAGUGAUUGUAGAAAUAUUUCAUGUUUAAUUUAUAAAAAUUUGGGAUAAUUGUUUAAAAUAUUCUUAGAUAAAGCGUGUCACACAGCAGGACAUAGAGGACGAAACCGCUUUCAGUGUUCACAAUGCAGAAUCUCAGGAUAUACAAACAACAAACAAAACAACACAACACACAGGCCAGACUAAAGUUCAAAGUAAUGUGAAUGUCUGUAUUGGCAUUAGACAAACUAUUUAUGGCAACAGUGUCAAUGUUGUGAAUAAUUUAGUACAUGCACAUAAACUACAAACACAACAUCUCCGCUGAGAUUUUAAACAUUGGAAAUAUUUAAAAUAUGAUGUUACUGUAAAUGCAUUAUGUAUUAUUUUUUGCAACUACCUCUUGUUUUUUAAGUGCCUAUUUUAGUUUACAUUUUAAGUUUUUAUUUAAAAGCUUAUUGACAAAGAUUCCAAAGAUGCUUUGAACAGAAAUAAUGUCACAGUUUCAUUUUGAGAUCAGAAUGUAAAUAAUGUUCAAAAACACCAUGACUUUUUUAACCAUGAUUUUAUGUCAAAUACUGAUAAAAAUCAGAGUUCAUGUCGCAUUAAGAAAAUAAUUUGUAUAUACAAGCACAACCUGACUGUUAAUGUACACUGUAAAACCUAACAUUCAACUUAAAUCAAACCAUUUAAGGAAACCGGUUGCCUUAAACCAUUUAAGUUUUAAAACACAUACAUUUAAGUACUGUGAACUUGAGUCAUGUGCAAAUAUGCACUUAUAUUUAAGUAGUGUGAACUUAAAUAUAAGUGCAUAACUGCAUAUGACUCAAUUUGUUUAAGUUCACGGUACUCAAAUGUAUGUGUUUUAAAACUUAAAGGAACAGUAUGUAAGAAAUGUAUAUCAAUUAAUCAUAAAAUGGCCCUGAUAUGUCACUAGACAUUAAGAAAUCAUUUUCAUUUCAAAUACUUAUUUCACUGACAACAGUGGUCUGGUCAGGAUAUUGUCAUUUAAAAAGUGGAGUUGCAGCCCUCAACUGAUGUUUAUGUUGUCAUGUUGUGUAUUGGCCACCAGUUGUGUGAUUGCAGUACCAGUUUUAGCCACAAUCCUAAAUACUGUUCCUUUAAAUGGUUUAAUGCAACCGGUUUCCUUAAAUGGUCUGAGUUAACUUUUAGGUUUUACAGUGUAUGUGAUCUCUGCAUGAUCUCUGAAAUAUAAACAUCACGCGGACAGGACCGUACAGUCAAUGACUGAAGCACAGGUAAAAAAACACGAGCACACAAAUGCAUUUAUAACCUUUACAUCUUUACAUUAUUUGAAUCCUGAAAGUUCAAAUAUCCCUGAGCAACUCCUUUACUGUCCACACUGUAGAUUCUGCAGGCCUUGAAUGUAUUAAAAGAGAGUUUACAGCUCUCAUUUAUUUAUUUUACGACCAUGCAAAAACCUAAAUGGUACUAAAAAUUGUAAAAAAAAAAAAUGUUUUAUGGUAUUUCUACUAAAUGCAGUUAAAAAAGAAGAAGUAUUACAAAAGCUUUUCAGACCACAAAUACAAAAAAAAUGUUUUAGGUCUUAAUAUGUUACAAAAAGAAGCAUUUUGUAUAAUGAAUAAAUACUUUUGCAUGUAUGCUAUUUAUAAUGACUAAUUGUGACUAUAUGUGUGUUUAUGAUAAUAACAGCCAACCUGUCAGCUGAUAUUAAAGUAUUGUUUUACAGCAAACUGUUUAAAGUGUUAGUUCACCCCAAAAUGACAAUUUGAUCAUAAAUCACUUACUCCUGUGUCGUUCUAAACCACCAAAUCCUUUAAUUGUCUUCAGGACGCAUUUUAAGAUUUUUUUUAUUAAAACCGUGAGGCUUGUGUCUGUCAUAUAGACCG